GUUGUGGAGGAAAAGAAGGAGAAAGAGGAGGAAGGACUGUGUUGGGCGGUGAAAAGAAUGGAGGAGGAGAGGACGAGAGACAUAAUUGAGGGGAAGAUGAAAAGGAGUGGCAGAGGAGGACGAGGCAGGCCAUGGAGGAGGAAAAGAGAAAGCAGCUGUGGAAGGAGCACCUUCAGCGCCUGGGGGAGUCUAACUGCUCCUCCAGCUCGGAGGAGAACUUGCAGUUGGACAGAACCCAAAAGAACCGCCCCGUCAUCCAGAACCAGGACCAACAACUGCAACAAGACACGCAGGAUAAACACAACCAAGCUCUGCAGAAGCGCCUGUUGCAGGUAGCAGCUGAAGCAGCCAGACGGAGGGAGGAGAACAGGAAGGCUGAAGAGGCUGAGGUGGACAGGGAGCUGCUCAGGAGGAGAGAAGAGGAGGCUAAAAAGCCAAAGACAGCAGGAGGACAUUUGAUGAAGCUGAUGAGAAAGACCUAUCAGAGAGGGGUAGACUACACCACACAAAACAACAGUCCCUACCAGCAGCACCGGCUGCAGCUGAAGAAGCUGGGCCAGGAGCGGGAGAAGACCGAGAAGGAGCUGCUGGAGACGCUGCUGGAGAAAAGGAGGAAGGCUAAGCAGCCCCAAUGA